AUGGCGGCGCCCGCGACCAAGGCCACCAGGGGCGUUGGCCACGGCAACGGCCGGAGGGGUCGCGGCCACGGCGAGGUCGGCCGGGCUGUGAGCGGCGACGGCGAGGUGACCGAGCGGCGGGCGGGGCCGGCAGCGAGCCGGCGCGGGCGCCGGACGGGCAGGGGGCGAGGCCGGGUGCGUGGGUGCGGGCAAACCCGCCUGGGCGACGGGAGCCCGCCAGAAGGGCACGACGGCACCGGUGGGCGCCGACCACGGCGGCAGCAGUGGCGCGCGGUGCGGCAGCCAGCGGCAGGAGGCGAGGGCAGGCGUGUGGGGCUGCAGAGGAAGAGGCGGGCGAGCGCGGACGGCGCCGGCGGAGGGGCACAGCCAGCAGGCACGGGCGUGGACGGGGGAAGGCGACGCGAGCGGCCGGUGGGGUACGACGUGCGCGGGCUUACGCAGAGGCGCGACCAAGGCGCGUCGAGCAUGGCGGCAGCACGGCAGGGGCGCGGUGAGCUUAGCUCCGGCCACAACGGGGGGAGCUGGGGAGGGGCUGCGGGCGUGAGGGAGAAGAGGGCGGCGGGCGCGGCAGCGGGUGGUCGGUGGAGCGGGAGGCUGCGGCUGUGCGGGGCUGCGCGGUGGAGGAAGUCUAGGCGCGGCCAGGGCGCUCCCGUGGUCACCAGCCAGUGCAGCGGGGAGCGGGGUGAGGCCAGGGCGAGGCGCGGUGGGACGAGCAAGGCGAGUCUGUGGCGACUAGAUCGAGUAACAGGGAGAGAGGGGAAACGGAGGAGGGGCCGCGCGGCUCACCGGGAGCCCAUAGUUGUGCAAAGCGUGCUCGAGGGAGGCUCGGUGUGGCCGGUUGUGGAGAGCGACGACGGCGAUGGCGACAGUGAGGACGACAGCGAUGGGUGCCCUCGGGCGCCAAAGGCGACGACGGCGAACGGGGCCGAGGGGGCGGAUCCAAGGAGAGAGGGAGGAGUAGCUAGGGUUCGCGCCGGGGAGGGGCACCGGCCUUAUUUGUAG